AUGCAUGAUUUCAUUACCAUGGUGAUGAUCUUAACCAAAACGCUGGAAAACAAAGGUGCUGACUCUGUGACAUGCAGGACUGAGCUGCACACUCCAAAGAUGAGUCAAGGACCUACUCUCUUCUCUUGUGGAAUUAUGGAAAAUGACAGAUGGAGAGAUCUCAGCAGGAAGUAUCCACUUCAAAUUGAGCAACCUAGUACCAUCAUCUGGGACUGUCUGCCCGAUAAAAGUGAAGAUGGCUCAAUAUGGCACAGAGAGGCAGCUAACACUUGUUCAGUGACCAACUUGAUCAAAGACCUCAGUCUUAGUGAUCAUAAUGGCAACCCAUCAGCACCUCCCAGCAAACGCCAGUGUAGGUCACUCUCUUUUUCUGAUGAAAUGUCUAGCUGCAGGACAUCAUGGAGGCCUUUAGGGUCAAAGGUCUGGACUCCUGUAGAAAAGAGACGGUGUUAUAGUGGGGGAAGUGUCCAGCGCUACUCCAAUGGCAUCACCACCAUGCAGCGGAGUUCAAGUUUCAGCCUCCCUUCAAGGUCAAACAUGCUUUCCUCAUCAUAUGAUCAGUCUGGAUUUAGCAACAAAUUUGGAUGUCAGCCAUGCCAAGGGCUGAGGAAGUCAACCACCUGUGGGCAGGCAGGUGACAUCUGGGGUUAUGAUCACAAAUCUGUAGAUGGUAACCGGGUGGACAUGCAGAGGUCCCUCUCCUGUUCACAUGAUCAGUUUUCCUCUUCAGAAUAUUGUGCACCCUCAGCAAACAGCACACCUGCCUCAACACCAGAGCUGAUGAGACGCUCCAACGGGCUGUCGCGAAGCCGAUCGCAGCCAUGUGUCCUUAAUGAUAAGAAGGUUGGAGUUAAACGACGACGGCCUGAGGAGGUUCAGGAACAAAGACCUUCAUUGGACCUUGCCAAGAUGACUCAGAAUCGUCAAACCUUUAACAGCCUUAGCUGCCUUAGCACCACAGUGGACGACUGCGCUCAGCAGAAUCAGUUCUGCCCUGGUAUCAACAGCCCCAAGUCAUGGACAGCAUCUCCUUCCUCCUCUGAUGUCAUGCCAGGCAGGACACCAGCCUGCACCCCCGUGCCAGAGCCACACUCAAACGCAGAAGAACGUAGCGUUAGCAAAGACGACCUCUCUUGGGAAGAGUCAGACUAUUGUGCCACGGAAGACGAGAGCAGUAGAAAAGAAGAUGAAAGGGCUUCAUGGAAGAGUAGUGGAACAGGGGGGCGGAAUGUCUUUCCACUAGAUGGUGAAUUAGACAUUGAGCAAAUAGAAAACAAUUAA